UCCAAUCCACUGUCAAAAAAUUGUAAAAACUAUAAUGGACAAAAUUCCAGACCAAAUUGGUUACCUGGUGCUUACAGAGGACGGGGCUGUCCUCGAGUCUGGAGGGGAGCUGGAGAAUGACGAGCGAGUAGCCACGAUAGUAACAGACCUUAUCAGCUUAUCAAACAAGGUUGACCCUGUGGCUUUUUCUCCCAGUGAACAGUUCAAGAAAAUAUCUAUUACGUACGACGACCACUGGUUCCUAAUUUGCAUGUCCAAUAAGAAGAUAUAUGUGGUCAAAAGGAACAUAUCUCUACCUGCAAGUGAACCUAAUUCAGUUGUUGUUUGACCAAUUCAAAACUAAGUCACCAUGGGACGGAACUUACUGAUGAGUAGUCUUGAAAAUGCGUCAUUUAAUAUAAUCUUCCAAAUAAUA